AUAAUGUCUCCCUGUGUUGCCAAGGCUGCCCUUGAACUUGCAUCCUCCCGUCCCAAUCUCCUGGAUCUCUGGGCUCACAGGUACUAUGUCUUGGAAUCACAGCAGCUCUGGCAGAGGCUAGACAUCCUGACUGGAGGCGCUUACUUGAAGAACUAUGCUUCCUGGAAUUUCUGCGAGGAACCACCCAACGUGGUGUCCUGGAAUGUGACACUGUUCUCCUUGCUGGUAGUUGCCUCAUGCCUGGAGAUUCUGCUGUGUGGCAUACACCUGGUGAACACUUUUAUUCUAUACUUUGUGAACAUGUAUAGACUAUAGCCCUCCUUGAUCUGAGGCUUAUUUUUAAAAGGGACAUGUUUUUCUUUUUUUCUUCUUCCUCCCCCUCCCAACUUGGGGACAAGGAAAAAGAUUGCCUUGAGUUAUCUGUGCUCCACAGGAGGGAGAUGUCUGCCAGAGUUUCCAGGAAGAGACUAUCUCCCACAUUAACAAGUGAAUCCCAACACACUAUCCAGAUGCCCUGAG